ACAAACAGUUCCACAAGUGACCACUGAAGUAGUGGAUGACGAACAAGCCUCAGGAGAUGAAGAUGAAGACGAUGAUGAAACGGAAGAAGAAGAGGAGGAGGAAGAGGAGGAGGAAGCAGAGCACAAGCGAGGACGAGAUGAAACACUCACCGCCGCGACCAACACCGUACCCGACGAUAUCCAGCAGGACGACGAGGGUGUCGUCCUCUCUGGCUCCUCUGAAGACGACCCUGAACGCCUGUUCACACCUGCCGCCACGUCUGUACACUAUGAAGGGACCAUCUUGGCCAGGAGAGUCAACUCGGGGAUCACCCAGCACGAGGUGGACGUCAUCCUGGACAACAUCAACUCUGAAAACGUCAACAUGACAGCUGUCUCAGCCAAGAUCACCACCACCACCAACAACCACACUCGCUCCACCUUGAAAGUGACCUUCACUACAUCUGCCGCAGCGGACCUGGCCGCCACCACCACCACAGGAUUUAGGUCUUAG